AUGAAGCAUUAUUUCGAUUUUAAUAGAAACAAUGGCGAUUAUGACGGCAUUGAUAUCUGCGAAGGUAGCCAAAGGUAUCUGAGCGACAUUUGUAGCAACAAUGAAGUAGAAAAAUUAAAAUGUCAACGUAUUUAUGCAUCACCAAACGAUUUUCUGCAUAUAAAUAAUUCGUUAACUGGCAUAAACACAAUUAAGAAAUUAAGAAAGCUUACAACCGCUGGGAACAAGGUAGCUGGUGCAGAUGGUAUCAGCAGCGAGGGUGCUUUAAAUGGUUUAAAUGAUAUUGCCUUAGGUGUUGGUGCUAACAGUGAAGGACUUUUCUCUUGCAACUAUCAGCCGCAGAACCUGAUCCACGAUUCCAUGCCGAUAUCACCACCGUAUGGCAAGCCUGAUUGCUUAUCUAAUUUACAGCAAACACAUGAAAACUACCAACAUUUUGCAACGGCUACUGAGCUACAUGUGGCACGUCACCUACCGCACAAAUUUCUAAUGGAUUCAUCAAGAUUACAUGAUCAGCAGACGACGUUUCAUGAGUUUCGACACCAAGGAUAUAUUACUCAGCAACAGCAUCAAUUAUAUUGCCAGCAACAUCGAUAUUUUCAAAAUGAAUCUUACAGAGGCCCAUCAACAGAUACUAAUCAUAACUCUAAUAGUGCGCAGCCUACACUGGAAACUCCUUAUAUAACCAACACCGUGAAGUUCUUAAAUAAUCUCGAUAAAUGUAUUCCUCUCAAACUCGAUCAACAACAUCGCCAGGCACUUACGAUUUCGCAAGCGUUUGAAAAAGAGGUGGAUCAACAUAUUUUAGUUAACACUGAACAUGUUGGAAAAGCGAAUGCCUCUAAUUAUGCAAUGUCAAUGCAGCCGUCACCACAAUUGAACAAUGCUUGUUUACCGAGAGGAAAGUACCACAUUGACUCAAAAACCAUUACACUCAGAAUCAAUGAAGAUAAACAUUGUCAGCAAGGUACAAACUGUGAACAAGGACAAACAAAGAAAAAAAUUAUAUUAAACGAUCAGCAUCAACAGGUAGAAGCAGGUUAUUUACAGAAGUAGGCAUAUGAACUUUAAACAAUAAUAUAUGUAUGUGCGUACGUAGACACAAGAAAAGUAUGAUGACAUCUAAAUUAAAAAUGACAUGAUAGUAUAAGCAUCUCCAAAUUUAUAUCCGUACCCCCAAAAUUAAACCGUUAUUACAAAAUAUUUCAAUGUGAAAACGGUCAUAUGCUACGCUCAAAUAUGAUACUUUUGUAACACUAAACUAAAUUUUAAAACAACAUUCAU